AUGUAUGCCCCUGCUAAAGCCCCCCGGUCCCACCUCGGCCGGUACCGUUUACUCGCCCCCACUGCCGCCGUCAAAGUGAGCCCACUAUGCCUGGGGACUAUGAAUUUCGGCGAAGGCUGGACGCACAUCGGUGAAUGCAACAAGGAAACCUCUUUCAAGAUCCUCGAUACAUACUAUGACAACGGGGGCAACUUUCUCGACACAGCCAAUAACUACCAGAAUGGCGAUUCCGAGAAGUGGAUCGGCGAGUGGAUGGAGACUCGCGGUGUGCGCGAUCAACUCGUCUUAGCUACAAAGUAUAGCUCCGGAUACCGCACCCACGUCCCCGAUGAGAUCCAAGCCAAUUUCAUCGGCAAUAAUGCCAAAAGUCUCAAGCUGUCCGUGGAUGCCAGUUUAAAGAAUUUGAAAACAGACUAUAUCGAUCUGCUCUACGUCCACUGGUGGGACUUCAGCACCUCCGUCGAAGAAGUCAUGACAUCUCUGAACCAGCUCGUCCUCUCCGGAAAGGUCCUCUACCUCGGCAUCAGCGAUACACCCACCUGGGUAGUGACGAAAGCGAACCAAUACGCGCGCGAUCACGGCCUCCGCCCAUUCUCCGUCUACCAAGGCCGAUGGAACGCUGCAAUGCGCGACUUCGAACGAGAUAUCAUUCCCAUGGCUGCGUCGGAAGGAAUGGGUCUGGCGCCAUGGGCGCCGCUGGGUGGUGGCAAUUUCAAGACACGGGCACACCUCGAAGAGCUUGCGAGGAAUGGGAAUCCUGGGCGUGGGAAGGGUGCUACGGAGCGGGAUAUUGCUGUGUCGAGGGUUCUUGAGAAUGUUGCGAGUCGGCAUGGGACGGAGAUAACGAGUGUGGCUUUGGCGUAUGUUCUUGGUAAAGCGCCUUAUGUGGCGCCUAUUGUUGGUGGGAGGAAGGUUGAGCAGUUGGAGAGCAAUAUUCGGGCGCUGGGGCUGGUGCUUUCGGAGGAGGAUGUUGGGGAGAUUGAGGGGGCUUAUGAGUUUGAUAUUGGGUUCCCGAUGAAUUUCUUGUUUUGGGGUGAUGUUAAGGAGGCGCAUCCUGCUAACUCGCAGUUCAUGAAUGCGGCUGCGAGGUUUGAUUAUCCGGAUCUGGUGCGGGCUGUCAAGCCUAAAGGGUUGGAUGAUUAG